AUGUGUGGUAUCAUCGCGUUGAUACAGGCGAACCCGAGCUCCUCCGCCGCCAUUGACCUUCAUGAGGCCCUGUACCUUUUGCAACAUCGAGGUCAAGAUGCUGCUGGAAUCGCAACAUGCGCCGCGGGUGGUCGUAUUUUCCAACUCAAAGCCAACGGAAUGGCCGCCAAGGUUUUCAACGACGGCGCGAGGGUGGCAGACCUCCCAGGUUACAUGGGAAUCGGCCACCUGAGAUACCCUACUGCGGGUAGCAGUGCAAAUGCUGAGGCUCAGCCUUUCUACGUGAACAGCCCGUACGGCAUUUGCCUCGCUCACAAUGGAAAUCUCAUCAACGCUCCCGAGCUGAAGAGACACUUGGAUUUCGAGGCUCACCGUCACAUCAACACCGAAAGUGACAGCGAGUUGAUGCUGAACAUCUUCGCUGAUGAGCUGAGUGAGACCAAGAAGGCGCGUGUCAACCAGGAAGAUGUCUUCGCCGCGCUGAGCAGAAUGUAUCAGCGGUGCGAAGGCGGUUGGGCUUGUACCGCAAUGCUAGCAGGGUUUGGUAUCUUGGGUUUCCGCGACUCAUAUGGUAUCCGUCCUCUGAUCCUUGGCUCCAGACCCUCGCUUGACGGUCCGGGCACGGAUUACAUGAUGGCCUCUGAGUCUGUUGCUCUACACCAGCUUGGAUUUACGGAUAUGCGUGAUAUCCAACCUGGUGAGGCUGUUUUGAUUGAGAAGGGCAGCAAGCCUGUCUUCCGUCAAGUAGCUCCCCGCAAGGCGUACGCUCCAGACAUCUUUGAGUACGUAUACUUUGCCCGACCUGAUUCCGUCAUCGACGGCAUCAGCGUCUACCGCAGCCGUCAACGGAUGGGUGACCGCCUUGCCGCAAGGAUUCUCCAGGCGCUCGGCCCGGAAGUCGUCAAGGAUAUUGACGUCGUCAUCCCCAUUCCUGAGACGUCGACAACUUCGGCUGCUGCUGUUGCCCGGUAUCUUGACAAGCCUUACUGCCAAGGCUUUGUCAAGAACCGUUACGUCUUCCGUACAUUCAUUAUGCCGGAACAAAAAACCCGGCAGAAGGGCGUUCGCCGUAAGCUGAAUGCUAUGCAAGCCGAGUUCAAGGACCGAAAUGUCCUUUUAGUCGACGACAGUAUCGUGCGCGGAACAACGAGUAGGGAAAUUGUAACCAUGGCCCGUGAAGCCGGCGCGAAGAAGGUCUACUUUGCCAGCUGCGCUCCAGAAAUUACUCACGCACAUAUCUAUGGAAUUGAUCUUGCCUCUCCUCAUGAACUGGUUGCACACAACCGGGAUGCUGCCACGAUCGCUAAGCUCAUGGGUGCGGACAGUGUUAUCUUCCAAACACUGGAUGACCUGAAGGGUGCUUGCGCUGAAAUCGCCCAGGAGAACAAGUUAGAAGAGCCGCGCAAUUUUGAAGUUGGGGUUUUCUGUGGCAGCUACGUUACUCCAGUUUCAGAAGGCUACUUUGAACACCUGGAGAAAAUCCGGGGUGAGGGCCGGAAGAUCAAAGCAGUCGACCGUGCCAAGGAGGCCGUCACGCACGGUUUCGCUAGUGAGGAGGACUUCCAGAUUGCUGCCAACGGCGUUAAGGUGUCCAACAGUGGUUCCCUUGUACCUGCUGGGGAUCCCAGUGAAUCGGACGUGCCUAAGGUCACCGUCCCGGCCUCUAGCAGGCCACGUCAACACGAGGAGGAAGAGCCUCCCAAGGUCAAAGACCGAAUGGAUAUCAGCAUCCACAACAUUGGCGAUCACCACUAG